AGGAGGCGGGAUAAAAGGGCGAGCAGAAGGUAGGCUGGCGGAUACGUGCGCUGGCUUACUCCUUUCUGCCUACUGACGCGGCCGAGGAAGCAUCGCUGAGGGCUCUCGUUUCCCUGCCGUCAUGUCCAAGUCAGAGUCUCCCAAGGAGCCGGAACAGCUGCGAAAGCUCUUCAUUGGAGGGCUGAGCUUCGAAACAACCGACGAGAGUCUGAGGAGCCAUUUUGAGCAAUGGGGAACACUCACGGACUGCGUGGUCAUGAGAGAUCCAAACACCAAACGAUCCAGGGGCUUUGGGUUUGUUACUUACGCCACUGUGGAGGAAGUGGAUGCCGCUAUGAAUGCAAGGCCCCAUAAGGUGGAUGGAAGAGUUGUGGAACCUAAGAGAGCUGUGUCAAGAGAGGAUUCUCAGAGACCAGGUGCCCACUUAACCGUGAAGAAGAUCUUUGUUGGUGGUAUUAAAGAAGACACGGAGGAACACCACCUGAGAGACUAUUUUGAGCAGUAUGGGAAAAUUGAAGUGAUUGAAAUCAUGACUGACAGAGGCAGUGGAAAAAAGAGAGGUUUUGCUUUUGUCACCUUUGAUGACCAUGACUCUGUGGACAAGAUUGUUAUUCAGAAAUACCAUACUGUGAACGGGCACAACUGUGAAGUAAGAAAAGCCCUAUCCAAGCAGGAGAUGGCUAGUGCUUCGUCCAGCCAAAGAGGUCGAAGUGGUUCUGGAAACUUUGGUGGUGGUCGUGGAGGCGGUUUUGGCGGCAAUGACAAUUUUGGUCGAGGGGGAAACUUCAGUGGUCGUGGUGGCUUCGGUGGCAGCCGUGGUGGUGGUGGAUAUGGUGGCAGUGGGGAUGGCUAUAAUGGAUUUGGUAAUGAUGGUGGUUAUGGAGGAGGCGGCCCUGGUUACUCUGGAGGAAGCAGAGGCUAUGGAAGUGGUGGACAGGGUUAUGGAAACCAGGGCAGUGGCUAUGGCGGGAGUGGCAGCUAUGACAGCUAUAACAACGGCGGAGGCGGCUUUGGCGGUGGUAGUGGAAGCAAUUUCGGAGGUGGUGGAAGCUACAAUGAUUUUGGCAAUUACAACAAUCAGUCUUCAAAUUUUGGACCAAUGAAAGGAGGAAACUUUGGAGGCAGAAGCUCUGGCCCUUAUGGUGGUGGAGGCCAGUACUUUGCUAAACCACGAAAUCAAGGUGGCUAUGGUGGUUCCAGCAGCAGCAGCAGCUAUGGCAGUGGCAGGAGGUUCUAAUUACAGCCAGGUAAGUGCCUAUUUUGUGUGUGUUGACUUAAUUUUAUUGAGCCCAGUAGCCUAAUGUAGCUGUGCAGUGCAAAUAGUUAACAUUAUAAUUGGCAGUAAAAUGGUGGAUGUUAAGUUAAUAUACAGUUCAGCGGAAUUGUGGGAAACAACUUGCUCUAUUGGAUUGUAGCCUUAAGUCUUAAUGUGUUUUAGAUUAACAACUUUAUUCCAUAUUGUUCAACAGGAAACAAAGCUUAGCAGGAGAGGAGAGCCAGAGAAGUGACAGGGAAGCUACAGGUUACAACAAAUUUGUGAACUCAGCCAAGCACAGUGGUGGCAGGGCCUAGCUGCUACAAAGAAGACAUGUUUUAGACAAUACUCAUGUGUAUGGGCAAAAAAAACUCGAGGACUGUAUUUGUGACUAAUUGUAUAACAGGCUAUUUUAGUUUCUGUUCUGUGGAAAGUGUAAAGCAUUCCAACAAAGGGUUUACUGUAGACCUCUUCUCACCCAUGCUGUUGAUUGCUAAAUGUAAUAGUCUGAUCAUGACACUGAAUAAAUGUCUUUUUCUUUUUUUUUUUUUCUUUUUUUUUUCCUUUUUAAAUGUGUUGUUUAAAGUUAGUCUACUCUGAAGCCAUCUUGGUAAACUUCUCCAACAGUGUGAAGUUAGAAUUCCUUUCAGGGUGGUGCCAAGUUCCAUUUGGAAUUUCUUUGAUUGCUUGGGUGUGGAAGCCAUUGUCUUCAAAAACUUUGGUGUGGUUAAACUGCCAGUUAUUGUGACUCUGAGUUCACCAUUAAGGAUCAUCAUCCAAGCAAGGUUACAAUUUGGUUAUAAAAUGGUUAUUGGCACACCCUAUGCAAUAUCAAAAUUGAAUAAUGGUAUCAGAUAAAAUAACAGAUGGGAAUGAAGCUUGUGUAUCAUCCGUUAUCAUGUGUAAUCAAUAAACGAUUUUAAUUCUCUUGAAUGGAAUGACAACUGUAUGGAUUUGAGACUGGCAGAGAUUUGGACUUUCCCUACCCACAAUACCCCUGGUAAAUGUUGAUUGUUUGUUAUCGCAGUGCAAGUUCAAAGCUCUGCCAGAGUAGAAACCAAUUGCUGGUUAAGGCCACAGAUUAGAAGUGUUGGGGCAUCUUAAAACUGAUUAUAGUAAGGGCUCUUAACUGCCUUAAGACAGGCUAUAGUGAAGGAAAACUGCAGUUCAAUUGGGUUGUUGUGGGUGGGUAUGCCUCAAGGUCUUCUAUGGGUAAUUUAGUUACUUAAAUUUGAAUUAGAAAUACGUAAUUGGUGAUAUUUCUGUGUAUUUUUGUAUUAACAGCAGUUUUCCUUCACACUGUUAUCCUGAAAUGUUUUCUAUUUGUAUAGAAAAUGAAUUCAAAACAGUUACUGCCCAAUAAUUGUUAUUUGUGCAUAGAUUAUUUCGAGCUUACCAUUUGGUGCCCUUUUAAGUGCCAUUGUACCUGGCAGCAUAGAUAAUUUGUUUGCCAUAGGACUUGUAUAUUCCAUCUCAUGGUGUAUUACUUGGAAGUUUUGGGAGGGGGGAGGGGUGGGUGGGGGUGGGGAACAUGGGUGGUAGUUCCGUGAUACUGGUUGAGUUUGCAAUAGCAGGUGGAACCUUAACUAUUGAGGGAGUUUGCAGAUACCUCAGGAAUCGUGACAAUGCCUUUAAAGAUCCAGGAGAUGUUCAGCUACUAGGAACUGCUAGCAAGUAUAGCGCGAAUGGCUUCGAGCUCAGAAAAUCUACAGCUGAGAGUAGACACUUGUGGUAUGUGGAGUACAGAUAAGCCAGGGGCAGGCCACGGCACCUCCAUGAAAGCUAGGAGGGAGUGAAGUUUGAGAGAUCAUCGCAAGGAAGGAGGCAGACGAGAGUAAGGCACACACCUGACUCUUAGGACUAGCAGGCAGAACCAGAAGGAAAGGUUUUAUUGCUAUGCUGGUAGGUAAGAACAGAUUUUACUUACAUCCAUAUAGUUGUAAAAGUCCAAUUUUCUGUUGGAUUUCUUAAUGUAUUGAGCCAAACUAGUCCAGUUAAGCUGCACUUGGUUUUUCUGGAGAUGAAUUGUUUUAAUUAAUGCCCAUAUACUCCUACUUGGAGGAAAUGAACACAUUUAUUUCUCUUGUGAAAAUACAUUUUGGCCCUUUAAUUUUAUUUAACCUUCCUUUGACCCAUUUUCUUAAAGCAAUGGCUCAAAGUAAUAUUAGACACUUUUCCCCAAAAUGGUGGGAGGAUGGGUGGAUCAUUAGGGGAGGGGGUGGGGAAUAGCUUAAGGAUGGGAAUCCGGCCUCACAAAAACUAGUUCUAAAGUUUGUUUACUUUUCUAGGAAGGAAUCUGCUACAAGGUUUAACCACUGUUGUAAAAUUUUUAGAAAGACUUCAAGUUCCUGCAUAAAGGAACAGCCUUUACUCUGGGCCGCUGUGCUUCAUUUUUACUGCCGUGCAGUUGGAACUUUAACUAUGCUCUAAUCAUUCAGUUUUGUGAAUGCCUCUGGUUUUUAAAUAAACAGCAGUUAAUUAA